CCACGGCAUGAUGAUGGUCCAGGUCAUCAUGCGCACAAGGCACGACGGCGUCACCUCUGGUGAGGACCACGUCAUCCUGCGCACUAGGCAAAACGGCGUCACCCCUGAGGAGGUGAGCGACAGCUACCACACCACCUGGCACAACCGCGUCACCCCAGAGGAGGUGAUCGACAGCUACGACACCACAUGGCACAGGGCCCCUGGAUCCUCACAGAUCGAUCGGGCUCGAGACAGCGUUGGGCACGCGCCGGCCUGAGGGCUGGCACAUCGUGCUGGGAUCAUCCAGACGUCUCGGCAUGCCAACAAUCAUCCCUGGUGGCGGCUAUGAAAUUGAGCGCCCCUGAUUUCGAGCAUACAGCCUACCCGGUGCUGCUGGCAUCAAGCGAUUUUCAGAAUUGGUGGGUGGCCGCUGACAAGCGCGAUUCGAUGACGGUGCCUUUCUUUCCGAGCCACAGCGCAGAGAACGCUGCUAUCUACCAGCACACGACAGGGGAGUGCACCCGCGUGCCUGGGAUGGGCUCCUCCGACGCGGAGACCACAACCUUGCCGCCGACGGAGCUGUUCGCUUCCACUCCCACGUACGUGAUGGUCUGUGUGGCGUGGUCAUCGGACAAGAUUGCCUGGCUGGAGGAUGAGGCGAACCACGAGAUCAUGGGGGCUGAGCGUGAGAACAUCGGUCUUCACUGCGACGCCGUCGGCGGGGUCUGCGGCUGGUCGUGUGGGUCGAGCUCCUCGGACACCGAUUUGCCCGGCUGCUCGGCGGGCGUGCUGAACGUGAACAACGAGGAGAGCACUGUCGCUGGGCGCAGCGUGCCGAACGCGAGCUUCGGCGGCUCCAUCGACGUGAGGGCUUGCUUAUCGGACCCUGGGUCCAAGGAGUGCAUCACCUCGACGGUCCCAUUCUCGGAGUGGCCGUGCACCCAGUGUCGCUACACGACGCGCGGGGAGAAUGAGAGGAAGGAGUACACCGACUACGACAGCCUCCCCCGGAUGCAGGUGAACUUGCGUGGUGCCGCGCAGGCCGACGGCUCACUGGUGGGAGCCGAUUCAGUGCCCCGCGCCUACGUCUUCACGACUGGCGUCGAUGCCAGUGGCGAGGGCCCUGCUGGAAUGAUGAGCGGAAAAUGGAAGAGGCUUUACAACCCCGCUGCAUACAAUGCCCUCGAGUCCCCCGCGCCAAUUCCGUUAGCACUCUACGAGGAAGAGGAGGUGGAGGACGACGAGACCACGCUGGCGCCGGCCUAUCAAGACGCGAGCUGGAAUGCGAUGCAGUUUCGGGACAUGAACAAGAUCUCGCUAAAGCCUGACAAGUGCUUUGCCGCGCGUGGGCCGCUCUACAUCGUCGCCUGCGCCGUGAACAGCAGCAUGUACGCGGAUAAGUUCGAGCUCGAGCUCGCGCAGACGGUGGCACCGCCGCCGUUCACCGACCGGUGCUUGGCGGUCGCCGGCAGGUGUGCGCACGCAUGCAUGGACCAAGGUGCUCCCCUGGAGCACUGCAACGCGGACGGCUCCAUCGAUUUUGCAGUGCUGACCUCGAAUUUCGAGACACCGGCAAACGACGGGUACGCAGUAAACUUUUUCGUGCUGGUGCUGCUCAUCGGCUUCGCGGUGAGGCUGGUGACGUAUUUCCCUGGCCUCUUCAUCCCAUACAAGCAUCCCAAAUACUACGACCCAGCAAUGACGGGUAAGCUCAAGUACAUCGCCGUCUGCUCGCCGAGUGGAGGUGAGACCAAGGCCUGUGUGCUGCGUAACGUGGUCGGCGCCUUCUCGGGCAUGCCCAGGAAGUGCCAGUGCCCCUUCUAUGUUGUCUUCGCCGACGAGGGCCAUAGGCACCCACAGAAGGUGAUGUUCAGAGCCCUGGUGACGGUCCUGCAGCACGUCCCAGACAUCUCCCUGAAUCAGAGCAAGGCCAACCGCUCGCCGCGGAACGGGUCCAUCGGUGGCUUCAAGGAGGACAACCUCAAGACCUUUACGAAGCUGUGGGUGGAGCAGACCCGCCUCUUCAGGCUUGAGCAGUGCAACACCGCGAAGACUGCGGACAAGAUCAAAAAGCUGAGGCAGGCACUCAAGGAGGAUGAGGAGCCCACGGCAGAGAUCAGGAAGCUGGAGAAGCAGCUCGACGACCUGGCUGGGGUCAACGCGCUCAAGACGCUGCAGGCCCGCGCUGGCUGGCCGAAGAGCGGGGACGGCUCGGAGGGUGGCGAGCUCAUCCGUGACCUCGAGGAGGCGCUUCAGCAGGUCCGGAAGGAGCUCGCGUGCGGCGAGAAGACAUUCGACGGGGCUGGCACGUGCGACAAGCGCGUGCCAGUUCACUUGGACGAUGUCGAGGCCUAUUCCUGGACCCCGCCCGCGUCGAGCUCGAAUCCGACCCCGGCGCCCCUGUACACGCUGCACUACCUUGCUCGCGCCAAGCCCGACGAGGAUGAUCGCAUCCUCAAGGUGCAGCACGUGGCCCGCGGGACGUGGUACUACAAGGUCCCCCAGCUGGAGGAGGCCCGGGGCCAGAAGAGCUGGCUCGAGUGGCGCCGGCACGCGCAGGAGUUCACCGACGCGGACUUCGACACGAAGAAGUAG